AUUUACAGUGUGUUGUUUGCUUUUGUUUUGCUGACUGAGCACACCAGAAGACUCUUCUUCUUUCGCCUCCGAUGUGUUUCCGACUUGUCUCUGAGCUUGCCCGGCUGUUCCGUCCGGGUGGGACGGACCACACUACGGAGCCUUGUUGAGAAAAUGCCUCGUCAUAGUUGGAGCGCAUACCAAGUCCUGUCUAGAUGCAAGAUGAUAAUUCACCCACCGUCCCAAACCAACACGCGUAUAUGUAUUAUCAUAUCACCCAGGCUCGUUCAAGUACCAGACGCAUCUGAUACACCCUUGGCUAUGCUUGCCCCCUGCUUGGGGAGACCUUACUAAGUUGCGCAGAUACUCAACAGUUGGCCGUUAACAAUCCCCACGUGCCUUGGC